AUGUUUCCCCACUCAGGAAAAUCCCUCGUCUUUGACAACUUUCCAGAUCCGACCAACACCUGGGAGAUCAUUGAGACUAUCGGUAAAGGGACUUAUGGGAAAGUUUACAAAGUCCUUAACAAGUUUAAUGGCAGCAAGGCCGCCGUCAAAAUUCUGGAUCCAAUCCAUGAUAUUGAUGAGGAGAUUGAAGCUGAAUACAACAUCCUGAAAACUCUCUCAGACCAUCCCAAUGUCGUCAAGUUCUUUGGAAUGUUCUUCAAAAAGGAUGUAAAGAAUGGGGACCAGCUAUGGCUUGUGCUAGAGCUGUGCAAUGGCGGGUCAGUCACAGAUCUGGCUAAAGGUAUGCUGAAGAGAGGAGACCGUAUGGAGGAACCCAUCAUAGCCUACAUCACACAUGAAGCGCUCAUGGGUCUCCAGCAUUUACACAUCAAUAAGACCAUCCAUCGAGACGUCAAGGGCAACAACAUCCUGAUCACAACUGAAGGAGGGAUCAAGCUGGUUGAUUUUGGGGUGUCUGCCCAGCUGACGAGCACACGUCUCAAGAGGAACACUUCGGUUGGGACACCCUUCUGGAUGGCCCCUGAGGUGAUCGCGUGUGAACAGCAGCUAGACUCCACGUAUGAUGAGCGAUGUGACGUCUGGUCUCUGGGUAUCACAGUGAUAGAGCUGGGCGAUGGAGACCCGCCCCUUGCUGACCUUCAUCCAAUGAGAGCUCUCUUCAAAAUUCCAAGAAACCCUCCGCCUACUCUACACCAACCAGAGCUCUGGACAAACAAAUUCAACGAUUUUAUAUGCAAGUGUCUGAUAAAGGAUUUUGAACUCCGGCCCAAUGUGUUUGAUCUUCUUCAGCAUGUCUUCAUCAAACAGAUUGUGGGGCGAGAAAAGACGCUGCAGAAGCAGCUCAUGGAAUUGAUCGACCUCAACCAGCAAAUGGGCAUUAUUGAGAAAACAAGUCAUCAUGGAAAGACUGAAAGGCGAGGCAGUGAUUCCAGGCAUGAACGUAUCCACACUAAAAAAGGCAGCUACAUGAAGUCUGAAAGUGAAGCGUGUGAUGAUGUGGAUGAUCUGGCAACCCUUGAGGUUCUAAACGAAAACACUGUCACCGAACAGCUACAGAGACGUUAUGCAAAGGGACAGAUCUACACAUACGUCGGAGACAUCCUUAUAGGGGUGAAUCCCUUCCAAGAAACGGACCUGUACACCCCUGAGCAUUCGAAGAUGUACAUUGGAGCCAAAAGAACGUCAAAUCCUCCACACAUAUAUGCAGUUGCAGACAUCGCAUAUCAGUCCAUGGUGUCCUAUAAUUCUGAUCAGUGCAUUGUCAUCAGUGGAGAAAGUGGAGCUGGAAAAACAGAGAGUGCUCACCUGUUAGUCCAACAGCUCACAGUCCUCGGAAAGGCCAACAAUCGAACCCUCCAGGAGAAGAUUUUGUUAGUCAAUAGUCUAGUAGAAGCCUUUGGAAACGCCUGUACUGUGAUCAAUGAUAACUCUAGUCGCUUUGGUAAAUAUCUGGAGAUGAAGUUUACCUCCGGGGGAAUGGUGGUGGGAGCUCAGAUCUCAGAAUACCUACUGGAGAAAUCGAGAGUCGUACACCAAGCUGGAGGGGAACGUAACUUUCACAUUUUUUACUAUAUCUACGCCGGUCUGGCAGAGAGGAAGAAACUCGGCAACUACAAGCUGUCAGAGAGCAAAACUCCAAAGUAUCUCCACAAUGAGAAUGUUAAAUUAGUGCCUGACAUUGUGGGGAGUGCCUUCUAUAAGGAGCAGUUUGAGGCAGUGGAACAGUGUUUUAAAGUCAUCGGCUUCACCCUAGAGGAGCUCGGGAGUGUUUAUAGUAUAUUAGCUGGGAUCCUAAAUGCAGGCGAUGUUGAGUUCAUGUCGGUCACAUCUGAGCAUCAGACUGACAGAAGCAACAUUUCCAACAUGCCAGUAUUAGAGAGCGCUGCGUCGCUGCUGUGUAUCUGUGCAGACGAGCUGCAAGAAGCCCUGACCUCUCACUGUGUGGUCAUGCGGGGUGAAACCAUCGUCCGGCCGAAUACAGUAGAGAGGGCCACUGAGGUGCGGGACGCCAUGGGCAAAGCCCUGUACGGACGCCUGUUCGGCUGGAUAGUCAACCGCAUCAACUCCCUUUUGAAACCAGACAACCAAUCAGAGGGGGAAGAAAAGGGUCUGAACAUCGGCAUCCUGGACAUUUUCGGCUUUGAGAACUUUAAGAGGAACUCUUUUGAGCAGCUGUGCAUCAACAUAGCCAAUGAGCAGAUCCAAUUCUACUUCAACCAGCACAUAUUCGACUGGGAGCAGGAUGAGUAUCUGAAUGAAGAUGUGGACGCUCGAAUGAUUGAGUAUGAAGACAACCGGCCGCUGCUGGACCUGUUCCUUCAGAAGCCCAUGGGCAUGUUGUCUCUACUGGAUGAAGAGAGCCGCUUUCCACAGGCAACUGACCAGACCCUUGUUGAGAAAUUUGGGGACAACUUAAAAUCUAAAAACUUCUGGAGACCAAAGAGGGUUGAUCUUGGCUUUGGGAUCCAUCACUAUGCUGGCAAGGUGAUCUAUAAUGCAAGUGGGUUUCUGGCUAAGAACAGAGAUGCUCUUCCCGCUGAUAUUGUUCUACUUCUGAGGUCCUCAGAGAAUGAAUUAAUCCGUAAACUGGUUACCCACCCGCUCACUAAAACAGGUAACCUGGCCCACACCAAAGGCAAGGCUGUAGGAUCUGCUCUUUUGGGCACAUAUCCAUCAGAAUGCAACAAAAAGUUGGACAUGUUUAUGUUGUUCAGUACUGUGUCAUUCAGUGAGGGGGAGAGCACCGGAAACAGCACACGUCACCCUCGAGAGACUACCAACAUGAAGACUCAAACUGUAGCUUCUUACUUCAGAUACUCACUGAUGGACCUGUUAUCAAAGAUGGUGGCAGGACAUCCACACUUCAUGCGUUGCAUAAAACCCAAUAAUGAUCGCCAAGCCAGUAAGUUUGACAGGGAGAAAGUUCUGAUCCAACUACGCUACACGGGUAUUCUAGAAAUGGCCAAGAUCCGGAGACAGGGCUACUCGCAUCGUAUUCUCUUCAGCAAUUUCAUUGAGAGGUACUCUAUUUUAGCAUUUAGAGUCAAUGAAGAGCCAGCAGUGAGUCCAGAGACCUGUACUACCAUUUUGGAGAAGGCCAAACUAGAGAACUGGGUUCUGGGCAAAACAAAGGUCUUUCUUAAGUACUAUCACGUGGAAGAGCUGAAUCUGAUGGUGCGGCAGACCACAGACCGAAUAAUUCUGGUGCAGGCCUAUAUACGAGGCUGGCUGGCGUUCAGGCAAUACCGUAAGAUUUUGGAGAGGAGAGAACAGAGUGCUGUGGUGUUGCAGUCAGCAUACACAGGACAUCAAUGUAAAAAAGUGGCUGAUGACAAAAGCAAAGCCAAGUCGGAGGCAGCAAUCACCCACUUCCAGGCAGUGUGCAGAGGAUAUCUGGCAAGACAGAAAUACAAGGAGAUUGUUGAUGAGAAGAACAAAGCUGCUGCAAAGAUCCAGGCCCAUUACAGAGGACAGAAAGAGAGAAAGAGCUUCAAAAGGAAAAAGGAAGCCAUGCAGAAGGAGAAGGCUGACAAGAUCGAGGAAUCGACAGAGAUCCCACCAGAAGCAUUCUGUCCAGUUUCAGAAGAGCCACCACAGGCACAAGGAGAAGUGGAUGAGGCAGACGAAAAGGCUGCUGUGGUCCUCCAGAGCAAUUACAGAGGCCACAGAGAGACAAAGAUGUACAAGGAGCGGCGGGAACGAAAUAAGACCUUGACUGGGGAUGGGUUAGCUGGUACCUCGUCUACUACUGCAGAACAAGUCAAUGCUGGAGAAGACUUGGAUGCUAUACAAGAGGGAGAGCAGGAGAAUUUGGGGGAAGAGGGGAAGGAGGCUGAGGAAGCGACUGCUGGAGGGGAUGGGGGCAUUGAACAGGAAACCAAGGCGGCCACUGUUAUCCAGAGCAACUUCAGAGGUCAUAAAGAACGUAAAAGACUCCAGGAAGAGGGAAAGAUGCCGGGUAGAGGGCGGAAGGAGACAAAUAGUCCUCCAGAAGAAUUGACGGAAUUGCCAGAGGAUUUAGGAAAAGAAGAUGAGCCUCCAGUAGAACCCUCAGGUGAAGAUGAAGAGGCCAAAGCCGCAGUGGUUCUUCAGAGCAACUUCCGUGGCCACAAAGAGCGCAAGCGACUCCAGGAGGAAGGCAAGAUCCCCAAGAAAAGGACGAAAGAGGAAGACGACAUCCCCAUUGAUGAAUUUCCACCUCCUUUAGAUGAACCAACAGAUCUUCAGGAAGCCCAAGAACUAGAUUCAGAUGAGGCGUUUGAUAUCCCAGCCAGUGUGGACGAGGAACAUGCUGCAACUGUUUUACAGAGCAACUUCAGAGGUCAUUGCGAGAGAAAGAGACUGAGAGCGGAAAGAGAGGGAGGGCAAGGGAGAGGAGAAAAUGUGCCUGAAGAUGCAGAGGAGAACGAGAAAGUCCUGGAGAUCACAGACAUUGAGCUUGAACGGAAGGAGUUCAUUGAAGAGGUGGAGACUCAGGGUGAGGAAGGGUUAUAUGAUGAGGAGCAGGCAGCUAUAAAAAUCCAGAGCAAUUUCAGAGGUUACAAAGACAGGAAGAACCUGAAGGCCACAUCUCAACAACAGGAAGAGGAAGUGGAGAAGCUCUUCAUGCAGGUAACCAAGGCCUCGGAGGAAUACCUUACCCUGCAGAAGAAGCUUAAUGAAAUUAUCCUCGCCCAUCAGCUCAACCCCAGCAAGAAUGGGAUGUUUGUGAAAAGACAAGCCAUUAAUGGCUACAUGGGGGACUACCAGACCUCAGCCGAAACAAAGCAUUCGCGGACACCUCGCCGAACACAACAACCAAAGACUCUCAACACCCCGGAGGACUCCACAUACUACACACUCAUUCAUAGGUCUGUCCAGGACGGUAAAAGAAGACCAAGAAAACAAAGCCCCAAAAAGCUGGACAAUGAUGACCCAUACUACCAGGGUUUGUCAAGUAGGUCCUCAAGCUCUCUCCCCAGUGGCCGACGGCGCUCAAGCAAACGAAGGGCUUCCAUAGAGAGGAGGCGAUCAUUGGAGAGACCACUGUCUGAUGUCCCCAAAUAUGAAAUCCCUGUAGACCCAAAUGAGGAGAGACACUCAUUCUCUAGAAUGCCCUCUACAGAGAGUCAAAGCGAAGACAACCCCUACGACUUCAGAAAGAUACUGAGGAAGACCUCCCAGAGACGAAGACUUCUCACACAGCCCUAGACCUCUGGCCAGAGCCUCAGAAAUAUCCAGAGCUUUAGAACGUACAUAUUAUAAUAGACCUCGUUGGUGCCAGUUGUCUUUAAAGGAAUUGUUCCCCCUAAAAAUUCAAAAAUAAACAUUAUUUACUCACUCUCAUGUCACCCCAAACUUGCAUGACUUGCUUUCUUUUGUGGAAAACAAAUAUUUGAUUUAAAAAAAAAAAAAAAAGUCUUCACAGGGUUUAUAUGUGAUAAUGUAUGUAAAUAGUGACUGGUGUGUUAAGAAAAAAAAUACAAACUCCA